AUGGGGAAUGUCCCGAGCGGCGGCAGCGACGACGAAGAGCUCGAGGGCCCGGCCGGGGGCUGCUCUGGGCCGGGGACCGGGCCAGGGGGGCCGGGGCCGGGCCCGGGAGCGCCCGGACCCGAGACUGCGGGCCUGGUCUGCAGCGCCCCGGGGCCCGCCGGUCCCUCUGCGGGCGGCCUGCCGGGACCCGCGGCGCUGCUGGAGCCCGGAGCGCUGCGACAGGCGGCCCGCCUGAGCCCCGGUGCCCCUGGCCCGGCCCCGGCCCCGGCCCCCGACGGCUCGGGCCGCCCAGCGCUGCUGCGCUGGCUGGAGGAGCGCCGGGCCCGCGGGGACUCGGUGGUGAGCGGGGAGCAGCUGCGGGAGGCCCUGGAGGCGCGCGGGGCCGGCGACGAGGUCUUCGCCCAGUUUGACGUGGAGGCGGACGGCCCGGUGGAUGUGGAGAACAUGCUGGAGGCCCUCAAGAGCUCCAGGGGCGCCAGCCUCCCCGGGGAGCUGAGCCACGUCACCAGGCAGCUCCAGGCCUGCCCCCUGGUUCCCGGUUUCAUCGACAUCUUUUCCGAAGGCACGGAGAGCCUGGGCGCCCACUCUGCCAUGAUCUUGCGCUUCCUGCACCGGAACCGCAUCGCGAGCAUGGCGCUCCCUUACCCGCUGCUGGAUUACUGCCACACCGUCUGUGCCAUGAGGUCGUCCGUGCUGAGAGAGUCUCUGGACCAGCUCGUGCAGAAGGACAAGGAGGCCCCGGGAGAGCUGAACGGGAGCCCCGAGUCCGACCAGCUCAAGGCCGUCGCCAAGUGCUACACGUACAUCGAGACGUCCUCCAACUCAGCCGACAUCGACAAGAUGACCAACGGAGAAACGUCGUCCUUCUGGCAGUCCGACGGCAGCGCCCGCUCGCACUGGAUCCGCUUGAAGAUGAAGCCGGACGUGGUCCUCAGACACCUGUCGAUCGCCGUGGCGGCGAGCGACCAGAGCUACAUGCCGCAGCAGGUCACGGUGGCCGUGGGCCGGAGCACCGGCAGCCUCCAGGAGGUCCGCGACGUCCACAUCCCCAGCAACGUCACCGGCUACGUGACGCUGCUGGAGAACGCCAACAUCAGCCAGCUGUACGUCCAGAUCAACGUGAAGCGCUGCCUCAGCGACGGCUGCGACACCCGGAUCCACGGGCUCCGGGCGGUGGGCUUCCAGCGCGUGCGCCGCGCGGGGGUCUCGGUCUCCGACGCCUCCGCCAUCUGGUACUGGUCCCUCCUGACGUCUCUGGUGACGGCCUCCAUGGAGACGAGCCCGGUGUUCGUCCAGACCAUUCUGCAGAACACCCAGAAAGCGCUGCAGCACAUGCCCCCGCUCUCGCUCUCCCCGGCCUCCACGGACGGGGCCAGCUUCCUGUCUCCCAGCGUCCUGGGCGAGGUGGACGGCUUCCUGGUGAGAAUAACCAGUUGCUUGGCUAACCCGGAAGUAGAGCUGACCUUGCUGGCCUUUGCCCUGGCCCGAGGGAGCGUGGCCAAAGUGCUCAGCUCUCUGUGCGCCAUCACCGACCACUUGGACGCGCCCUACCAGGCCUCGGCCCUGAUCGCCUCGAUGGCCGCCGUGCGACAGAACCUGCUCUACAAAUAUGGCAGGAUUCUGCAGCCAACGCUCCAGGCGUGUGAUGUCAAGGGGAAGGGUGAGAAGUCGGGGCCGGAAAACCUCCUGGCCGAGCCCUGGAGUGGAGAUGGCUUUCUCACGGAGACGGGCAAGACCAGGGCGAGCAUCAUUUUCUCCACGGGCACAGAGGCGGCCUUCCAGGUCACGCAGCUGAGGAUCAAGGUGCGGCGGGGCAGCAUCGGGGCCCAGUGCGGGCUGGUCUUUGCCUACAACUUCCCCUCGGAGAGGUUCCAGGCCGAGGAGCACUUUCAGAGGUUCGAGAAGUACGAUACGUGGAGGCUCCCCGAGUACCGGCAGUUCUUAAAAAGCAGGGUGGGCAGCGCCUGGGCGGACCUCGGGGAGGACGAGCCCGCCGGCUGGUUCGAGGCCGAGGAGGACUGGGACGAGGUGGAAGUGAAGAUGCAGCCGUGCCGGGUGGCCAAGUAUCUGAUGGUCAAGUUCCUGUGUACCCGGCGCGACACGGCCGAGCGCCUGGGCGUGCAAGGCCUGAGCGUCUACGGCUACCUGCGCCCCGCCGACGCCGAUCUGGGCCCCGGCACCCGCUGUGCCACCUGCGACCCCGAGGCCGACCGCAUCUGCGGCAUGACCCUGCUCCUGAAGACGCUCUCCUUCGUCCAGCAGCUGGCCCAGGACCUGGCACGGCAGAGAGAGAGCGGGUUCAAGCACAAGCCCCUGCUGGACACGGCCGGCCUCAGCCUGCGGCUCUUCUGGGGCUUCUACAGCAAACUGGAGGCCCGGCCCAGGGAAGAGUGCGUCCUGGCUCGCACCAUGCUGCUGCAGCUUCUGCAGAGCUGUUUGUCGGAGCUCACGGCGGAGCCCCAGGCCACGGCGGGGCCCCCACCACCGAACGGCGGCGUGCAGGCUGCGCCGGAGGACCUGUACGCGCACCUGUGCCAAGUGGUGGACGAGGCGGGGGACGACCCUGUGCCAUUGAAAAGACUGCAGGCCGAGGUGAGGAACACGCUCCUCCAGGGAGCCGCCGUCUUCUUCCCCGAUGGCCGCGCCCGGCGCCGCCACCUGUUUGCCAUGAUGAAGAACAUCACGGAGCCGGAGCAGAAGCCGUCUGCGCAUCUCACCUUCAGGUCCUUGUGCACCUAUUUCAGUGGCCGCGACCCCGGAGGCCUGCUGCUGCUCCCAGAGAAGGGGGGCCCGGCCGAGCUGGACGUUCAGGAAGUGCUGGCCGUCAUGGACACGCUGCAGGCGGCCGCUGCCAAGGAGUGCGACAUGCUGAUGCAGGACGCGCCCCCAGGCGAGAGCGGCCCGGCCUUGUUCUCCCUCUUCUGGUCGGUGCAGGGGAGCCUGCUGUCCUGGUGCUACCUGCAGCUCAAGGGCAGCGAGCCGCGGGCCAAGCAGCUGGCCGCGGAGACGCUGGAUAGAUACACGGGACAAGUCCUGGCCAGCGUGAGGACGGUCUUGCGGUCCCUCCUGUCCCAGUUUAGUGGGAAAAAAGUAGUGGAAAAGUUGUGUAACUCUGUGUUUGCCAUGGCCACCCGGCAGCUGGUCAUCUUCCUGCUGGAUUUCUGCCCCCUGGACAUCCCGCACUUGGCCCUGUUGAAGGCGUUCAGCACCCUGACGGACCUCCUGAAGGACCUCUGCAGCGACCCCGACGGCGGCCCCGAGCAGAUGGACGUGGACACGUGGCAGCAGGAGCAGCCCGUGGUGCUGAACACCUGGGCCAUGGAGUCCGCCCACAACUACGAGAACAACCGCCACGAGGCGACCGUCUUCCUCAGCCCCGGCGCCACCUCCUUCGAGGUGGAGUUUGACGACAAGUGCGAGACGGAGACGAGGUACGACUACCUGGAGUUCACCGACGCCCGGGGCCUGAAGACGCGCUACGACACCAAGGUCGGCACGGACAAGUGGCCCAAGAAAGUCACCUUUAAGGCGGGCCCCCAGCUGCACUUCCUCUUCCACUCGGACAGCAGCAACAACGAGUGGGGCUACAAGUUCACGGUCACAGCCUACGGCCUGCCGGACGUGGCCAUUUCCUGGGGCCUGGACUUGCAGCUCCUGGUUUCCAGGCUGAUGGGGCGCCUGGCUUCCCAGUGCCUGGCCUUGCGAGCCGACCAGUUAGGGGGUGACACGGGACUGCCUGUGGCCAAGGUGACCCCUGUCCUCCACUCCCCCUUGUGGAAACCGGUCUUCAGGCACCAGCUGUGCCAGGAGGGGCUUCCGGGAGCCUGUGGGCCCGCUCCUGCGCCCCAGGAUGGCAGAGAGAGCCAGAGCGCUCAGGCCGACCCGGGCCGGGACCUCCUCGUCGACUUCGCCAAGUCAGACGCCGUUCAGGGCUUCUGCGGGCGGAGGCCCGAGCUUUUCCAAGGACUCGCACAGGCAUGUAAAAAACAAGCCCCGCAGACAGAUAGCGUUGCCGGUUCUGCGGUGGAUCGAGCCGUGAACGCCGCGUUUGCCGCGCUGGUGUAUCUCACGCCGCAGCUGUAUGAGAAGCUGCAGAGCUAUGUUACUGGCGGGGGCCAGGGGGUGCUGAGUGAGGACUUUGCCCAGGUGUACGCCCUGGCCGAUGGGAUCAGGAUAUGGAUGUUAGAAAUGAAGCAGAAGGCGCUGCUGGAGCAAGGGGACGAGGGUUCAGGGGAGCCCGAUGCCGAUGUGCGUGAGGUGAACCCGGAGAGCCUGGCCAGAGAGUGCGCGCAGAAAGCUCUCCUGCUGCUGCAGUUCCCGCCUAUGGGAGCGAGCCGGCAGAGAAGCGGCUCCGUGGGGGAAGAGCACGUGCCGGCCUCAGGACCCGAGAGCCCCCGUCAGCGGGUGGAGGCCGCCCCGGGCCCUUCCAGCAGGCCCUUGGAAAGGAGCACCUCCCAGCAGGACGAGGGGCUCUCCCCCCCGUCCACACCCACCCGCCGGCCGACCUUCGGCCGGGGCCGCCUCAGGCUCCUGUCUUUCAGGUCUGUGGAGGAGACCCGGCCCGUGCCCACGGUGACCGAGAAGUACCCCCUCCUCAAGGACGUGAUGGACUUCCUUAAGGACCAGGCGCUCUCCCACGAGAGCGUCCUGAAGGUCCUGUCGCUGAAGAGAUCCCAGGCCAAGAGCGUCCUGGAUGCCCUGAGCACGGCCCGGACCUGCGUGGAGCAGCUGGGGAGGCCGCACUGCUUCCACCCCGCCUGCCUCCUCUUCCUGCUGGAGCUGCUCACCUGCCAGAAGGAUUUUGCUGACUACUUUGGCCACUUGGAAGGCUGUGGGGCCGCGCUGCACGCAGAGAUCCGCCACGCCUACCACCAGCUCGUCCGCUUCUUGGUGGACGCCGUGAAGGGCUUCGGCAACCUGAAGGACAGGUCCCUGCUCCCUGCCCUGUCCUGCGUCCAAGCGUCCCUGCUCCAUCUCCUGGAUAUGGGCUGGGAGCCCAGCGACCUCCCCUUCCUGGCCGAGAUCCGGCUGCCAGAGCUGCUCAUGACCAUGGCGCAGGAAAACAUCAGUCUCCACCACAGGGCCAUUUGCCAGUGGAGCGAGGACGAGGAGAUGGCCGAGUACCGCCAGACCUCGGAGUGGAUGGAGGAGUGUCGGGACGGGAUGUUCGAGGCCUGGUACGAGAAGAUCGGCCAGGCCGACGCCGAGAAGCAGAGGAAGAUGCACAUGUUCAUCGCCCGCUACUGCGACCUGCUGAACGUGGACAUCUCCUGUGACGGCUGCGACGAGAUCGCUCCCUGGCACCGCUACCGCUGCCUCCAGUGCCACGACAUGGACCUCUGCAAGACCUGUUUCUUGGGUGGAGUGAAGCCCGAGGGCCACGAAGACGACCACGAGAUGGUGAACAUGGAGUACGCCUGUGACCACUGCCAGGGCGUGAUCGUGGGCCGCAGGAUGAACUGUGACGUGUGCGACGACUUUGACCUCUGCUACGGCUGCUACGCGGCCAAGAAAUACUCCGACAGCCACCUGCCCAGCCACGGCGUCACCGUCUACCCCAUGGUGACCAUCCGCACCAGCGACUGCCAGCGGCUCGUCCAGCCCUACGUCCACAACUACUCCUGGCUGCUCUUUGCCGCCCUGACGCUGUACGCCGCCGACCUGGCCGGAGGGGCCGAGGCGGAAGGGGAAGGGCCGGACCCUGGGGCCCUCCGGGCCGCGGCCACCCUGCAGGCGCAGUGCCUGCGGCUCCUCGGAGAAUGCCUGCUGAAGGCGCAGCGGAACGCGGAUGCGGACCCAUCCUCAGAAAACGACCUGGUCUCUGUUGGCUCUUUCCAAGAUGGCGCCGGGGAGGAGAAGGCCGCCGAGAUGACGGGCACCCCCAUGGCGGUGCCCAGCUGGGGCCAAGGGGACGCCAGGGAUGAGACCCUCCCCUCAGACGGCGCGCCGGCCGCUCUGGGAAGCCAAAGUUCGUCUCCGGAGAAGGCACCGUCUGGGGAAGCCCCCGAGGAAGCCCACGGGCCGGCGCUCCCAGACGCUUCCCCCGUGAGGGCCGUGCGGGAACCAAUCGUGCCCCCGAGCCCCGAGCAGGUGUUUGCCGAGUGCUCCCAGAAGAGAAUCUUGGGAUUGCUGGCCGCCAUGUUGCCGCCCAUACAAUCCGGUUCCACGGUCUCCUGGGCAAACCUGAAGGACAUCCUGCCCCUGAUGUUCCAAGUGGUGAUCUCCAACGCGGGGCACCUGAACGAGACCUACCACCUGACCCUGGGCCUGCUGGGCCAGCUCAUCGUCCGGCUCUCGCCGGCCGAGGUGGACGCCGCGGUGACCGGGGUCCUCUCGGCCAAACACGGCCUGUUCUCGGCAGGGGACGGGGCGGCUGCGCCCGAGGGCUGGGACACGGUUCACCUGCUCUUCAGCCUGGGAGCCGUGUGCCUGGACAGCCGCGUGGGCCUGGACUGGGCCUGCUCCAUGGCGGACAUCCUGCACGCCCUGCACGGCUGCCCGCACUGGCACGGCGCGGUGGCGGCCUUCACGGAGCACUGCCUGAAGCAGCUGCCCUUCCAGCUGAAGCACACCAACAUCUUCACCCUGCUCGUGCUGGUGGGCUUCCCCCAGGUGCUGUGUGUGGGCGCGCGCUCCCUGUACCUGGACAACGCCAACGAGCCUCACGACGUGAUCGUCCUCAAGCACUUCACGGAGAAGAGCCGGGCCGUCGUCGUGGACGUCAAGACCCGCAAACGGAAAACAGUCAAAGACUGCCAGCUGGUGCGGCCGUGUGGCCAGGGGGGCGCGGCCUCGCCCACGCCGCUGAGCGCCCACCUGCGGCACUUCACCUUCAUCAGCAGCCACCUGCUGCAGAGCAGCCUGGAGCCCGGCUGCCCGGAGGCCGUGGAGGCCACGUGGGUGCUGUCCUUGGCCCUCAAGGGCCUGUACGGGACCCUGAAGGCUCAGGGCUUUGAGGAAAUCCAGGCGGCCUUCCUGGAGUCGGGGCUGCUGAAGCUGCUGGUGAAGAAGUGUAGCCGCGGCACCGGCUUCAGUAAGACGUGGCUCCUGCGGGACCUGGAGAUCCUGUCCGUGCUGCUCUACUCGUCCAAGAGGGAGCCUGCGCCGGGGCCGCCGCAGCCAGGCAGCCCUCCCGGGGACGUGGCGCAGGGCAAGCCGGACCCGCUCGAGGGCCUGGAUGAGGCCACCAAGGUCUGUUUCCUGAUGACCCACGAUGCCCUCAAUGCCCCUUUGCCCAUCCUCCGGGCCAUGUACGAGUUACAGAUGAAGAGGACGGAUUCCUUCUUCCUGGAGGUCCAGAGGAGGUUUGACGGAGACGUGAUCACGACCGACGAGAAGAUCCGGAGCCUGGCCCAGAAGUGGCAGCCUCGGAAGCGCCUGAGGCUGGAAGAGCUGACCUCGAGAGCCGUGGACACGGACAUGAUCAUCCUGCCCUGCUGGGCGAAGCCCGUGGCCUGCGACCGCGCAGCUGAAGAGUCUGACCCCGUGACCCAGAAGCUGAUCGCCAGCACCGAGAGCGACCUGCAGCUCAGCUACGCCAAGCAGCGCAGGGCCAAGAGCGCCGGACUCCUGCACAAGGAGCUGGGCUCCCGGGCCAAGAGCGCCGCGCGUGCCUACCUGCGCCGCGUCAACGAGGCCACGGCCGUCCUCUACGCCCGGCACGUGCUGGCCUCCCUGCUCGCCCAGUGGCCGGAGUCCAUGGCCAUCACGGCUGACGUCCUGGAGCUCACCAGCCCGGCCCAGAUGGCCUACAUCCUGGACAUGCUCAUGCAGCUGGAGGAGAGGCAGCUGUGGGAGAAGAUCCUGCACAAGGUGCUCCAGAGCUGCAGCCAGGACAUGCUGGGCCCCAUGGCGCUCACGGCCUGUCACUUCAUGGAGGAGCCGGGGACGGCCGUGCAAGUGCGCGAAUCCAAGCACCCCUACAAAAACAACACCACCUUUGAGGACAAAGUCCACAUCCCCGGCGCCAUCUACCUCUCUGUGAAGUUUGACCCUCAGUGCAGCACCGAGGAGGGCUGCGACGAGCUCGCCAUGUCCAGCAGCAGCGACUUCCAGCAAGACCGCCACAGUUUCAGUGGCUCUUCCCAGAAAUGGAUCGACUUUGAGCUUCCAGGAGACACGCUGUACUACCGAUUUACUUCUGACAUGAGCAACACGGAGUGGGGCUACAAGUUCACUGUGACGGCCGGACAUCUGGGGAGAUUUCAGACAGGCUUUGAGAUUCUGAAGAAGAUGUUGUCGGAGGAGAGGGUUGUUCCACACCUGCCCCUGGCCAAAAUCUGGGCAUGGCAGGUGGGCGUGGCCUGCCGCCAGACCGGGCACCAGCGGCUCAAAGCCAUCCACUUGCUCCUGAAGAUGGUGCAGUGCCGCGGGCACAGUGACCUCUGUGACCUUGCCCUGCUCCGGCCCCUCUGGCAGCUCUUUGCCCAAAUGGAGAAGGGUCUGUGCCAGGACGUGAGUCAGCCCGGCCUCCUCCUGCCCCUCCACCGAGCCCUCACCGAGCUUUUCCUUGUUACUGAGAACAGAGUCCAGGAGCUAGGCUCCCCGCAGGACUACCUGCUCGCCUUAACGACGGAUGACUACCUGCUCUGCUGCACGGCCCAGGCGCUGAGGAACAUCGCCGCCAUCAGCCUGGCCAUCGACUACCCGAACAAAUCGACCAGCGUCUGGAAGGGUUAAGGGCCCCUCGGCAGCCCGCGGGUCCCCUGCUGUUCGGGGCGCGGGCGUGCAGGGCCCUGCUGACCGGAGGGAGCCGCCGGGAGGGUCAGCUCUGAAAGGCCUCCCUUCUCGGGGAGAGCCCUGGGGCCCGCCGAUGCUUCCUGGGAGCUCCUUCAGGUGCUCCCAGGGUGACCCGUGGGCAGACAAGUGACCUUCCGAGAACCAAGCGAGAGCGGGCGGGCUUGGGCCCCGUGUCUGGUGGCGACUGAGCUUCUCCCCCCUCCCCCCAGAGCGUUUCCAUUUCUGCACUGGCUGCUCAAUUUCUCCUUGCCCCGGGGUGGGGGGGUGGGGGCGGCCAGCGGGACACCGCUCAGGGGCCGGCUGGAGCCGAGACUCGGGGCCUCCCCCCCUGCCCCGCGGCCUCAGCCCCCAGGGCGCCGCGGACUUGAGCCAUUCUGAAACCGGCAGCACAGCAAUAACUGGCUGGGCCCGAGUGCACGGCUUUCGGUCGGCUUCGGCGCUGGGUCAUCGAAGAAACGAAGUCGGGUCCGAGGAGCGGCGUAGGGGACCUCCGGGGACCCGCUGGCCAGGGGUACGGGGGCAUCGAGAGGAAAGUGCGUCGUGGCGGGGGAGAGAUGAUGGUCUCCGGGUGCCUCGUCCCCCUCCUGCCCCGACACAGGCCUUGGGGUUUCCUUGUCGAUGAGCCCCGAGCCCUCGCGAGAUCGGUCCCCCGCGGCUGCGCUUUGGGGACUCUCGGUCACCCCCAUCGGCCCCUCGCACCCGCUCCCCAGCCCCGGCGCUGACAGUCGCUGCCCGGUUCACACUGCCUUAUAGCCGACUUCGGAGACGGCCCCGACUUGGGCCCGGGGGGAGCGAGGGGGGACGCUAGAAAAUGUGCCUAACGAAGACUCCGACAAUUCCGGGAUGAGGAGCCCGCCGGGGCGCGCCCUAUUUUCAUUCAUCGGUUUUAGAUCUCCUUCCUUUCGUACGGGUUUCCUAUUUGGGAUUUUUAUUUGGUUGAAAAGAAAGCCUUGAGCCGACACCGCGGGGUCGCCUGUAAAAACUGGGUAUAAUAUACAAAUGGAGAGAAAUAUAUUGUAAAAAAGCUGUCAAAAGACAA